AUGGCAGACCGAACAACCCACUUCCUGCUCGCUCUGCUGGUCGUUCUGUUUCUGGCAUCCCCAGCAGCGGCAUUUGGUGCUGGCAAUAUUGCUUCCAUCUCCAAGAUUGAAGGACACAAUUGGCGCCAUGGAGACAUUGAGGAUCUCCUCACGACCGUUGCAUUCAUCAAGGGAAAGAAAUGGACAUCUAUGAUGGUUAAGCGGACUUAUUUCGGAAACUGGCUUCGCGACUACAGCCAGGCUGUCGAUGUUGGAACCUUGAAAGGAGUCCCAGCUGACACCAUUCGCGUUCUGGUCUGGAUUCUGGCUUUCAUGAGCUUUGGAUAUGCCACCGAAGAAUUCGAGGUCACUUCAGAAAGACUCGGCGUGUAUCGCCCGGAGGAGCAUAUUGACAAUCCCAAGGAUUACGCCGACAAUCAAGAUGCUAGACAAUUUGAUGCUCGGUUGCGCGGGCCAGUCAGUCCUGUUGAGCUACAGAUUGAUCCGCAUACUGGAAUGAAGAAUUACAUCGCGAACGAGAAUCUUGGCAUCGCAACAUCUCUUGGCUAUGUCAAGUGGUCCUUUGCGCGCAGCAUCCACUUUGGUCGCUUAUACUGUCAUGGCUCACAAAAAGGCCGCGACGAAGAUCUCUGCGAAGCUUUACGUUGUCUCGGCCAAGGUUUGCAUUGCAUGGAAGACUUCGGAGCUCACACGAACUACACCGAGCUCGCUUUGCGCGAAAUUGGCUUUCACAAUGUCUUCCCGCAUGUGGGUGCUCAAGCGCAGAUCAACCUCAACGGCAAGCAAGUCUUCCCCUUGGUGACUGGCACCUUUGGCGGUGUGGACUUCCUGCACAGUGUCCUGGGUGAAGCCACAGAUCACGUAACUCAGACUGAAGUUGACGACGCCGAAGUCGCGCAACUGAACGCUGCACUUUCCCAGGCAGAGGCAAACAAGAACCGCAGCGCUGGUGGAGAUCCGGCUCAGGAGGCAUCAUUCUUCACUGACGCUCUUGCUAAGAUACCUGGUACUGGCGAUCUCGUACGCGAAGCUAUCCAGCUCCAAUCUGCCUCCGAUGCUCAAGCUAGGGAGAACGAACAGAACAGUGGUGGCUAUGCUGGUAGCUCUCGGGGUGUGGACGACUCGUAUGGUGGCUAUGACAACUACGGCGCAGCUCGUGCGGAUCCAGCUCCGGGUCAGCAGCAGCAAGGUGGCGGUCUCAGCUUUCCAGCCCCUCCCAAAGUCGAUGCAGCGGCAGCAAUGGCGAAGAUCUAUCCGAUUCUGGUCUUCCGUGACAAGGUCGUUCGCCAAAUCUCGGCGAUCGUCUCCAAGAUCCCGGGUCUGGAGAAAGCGAUUGAGACCAUUACUGAGAAGGUCACUCUUUUUGUGAUGGGACUGCUCGCCCCCUUCAUCAAGCCCAUCAUUGCUUCGGCUUCGAACGCUCUCAAGCAAGGCUCUGGAACUGUCAUCAGCAGUUCUGCGAACCAACAGUAUCUGGUCUGGACCGAUCCGACCAGCACCGACCCUACUCACUCUAUGCUCAGCAAAGACCAUUUCUCUAAUAUUCUCAAUCAGCCCGCUGGGGAGAUUGCAGGCGAGAUUCUUCAAUACGUCGCUCCAAGAGUCAUCUAUGGUUGGGAGCAUCCCGAGGUGCCGGAGCGAGAAAUCUUAGACGACAUCUCCCGCGUCUUCCACCACCCAGCGGCACGUAAUGAACAAAUUGAGAUCCAACGCAAGAUGUUCGAUGUCGUGCAACGAUGGGUCAACAAGCGCCCGGACCGUGGGCAGGAGUUGAACAACAUCUUGUCUUCGGAGAGUGUCAAAGCUGGCCACAACCACCAAGUCCAGAAUGUGCAGCAGUCAUUCGCAGGCGUGCAGCAGCUCGCCUCCUCACAUGGUCUUAAUGUUCCAGGAAUUGGACCAGGAGCUGGCAGCCACUCUGCGACACGAGGCGGUGUCUUCGACAUGCUUGCCCAGCAACGCUCUCAAAGCAACUUACAAGCCGAUCCUUCGCAGUAUUCCCAUGGCCCACCACCAGCAUCGUACGACCAAAGUAGUGCCUCCUAUCCUACUGCAUAUCAACAAGGCUACGAGCAACCAUGGCAACCGCAACAUCAGCAGCAAGGCUACGAACAAGGUUAUGGCGGAGGCUAUCAACAGCGGGGUGGUGGAUAUCCGCAAGGAGGCUACGGUGGAGGAUAUAACCAGUAUUAG